AGAGAGGAAGUGAUAUCAGUUUCCGUUAAAUGUUUCGGAUAUUGCGUUCUCAAAAUGGUCUUAAAAUAUCCACAUUUAAUCCCCGUGUCUUUUUUGUUGUUAUUCUCUUCAAGUUGUAAAUCUCCUAGCUCAAGGAACUGUUAACGGUCGUACACAGGAAGUAAGAGACCGCUAUUUGUUGCGGUAGACCGGUAUAACGCUAGACAUCAGGUUCCUCUCUCAGUUUAGGCUUCCUUUGAGUUUAUUUGGCCAAUAAAAGCAGACGUAACCCGGCAAAGCCACGCCUCCUUGAAGUGACGAUGCGCGGGCUUCCUGUGAACACUGGCAUCACAAACUGUUGCACCGCUUGUUUGUUAUUUAUGUUAUCAAAGUAGACGACGCGUUAAAUGUGAAAUAACUGCUUUGUAGGAUUUGAAGUGAAUCGAAAUCUGCUUGUUGUCCGUAUCAAGUAAAAUAUACUUACUUCUGAGACUAGGAAGAACCAAAGUGUCGCUGCAAAAAACGACUUCAAUCAGUUUGUUUUAAAAUGACACUUCCCUGAUUGGAGUUCAAGCCACUCCUUGAUUGACUCGACAUGGCAGACAGUUUUUUCAAUUUGGAGGAUGAGCCGCUGCCCAGCUUCCUUUCCAGCUCCCUGGAUAGCACGAGUGGCCCUGUUGUGCCCUGUGGGAACGUGACAUUGGGCUCAGGCCCCGGCUUUCCCGUGGCUGCGUCUACUGUAGCGAAGAUUAGAGCUGGGGCUGACAUCAGAGGGAAUGUGGAUGAUGUGUCAUACCUGGAGGGGGGUCAGCUGUCAUCUACUGGAGAGAAGGCCAAUUUCUGCCUCAGUUUUAAGGAUGAUAUGGACAAUGCAGAGGACUUCAUUAGAGCUCAUGGUUUCAUGGAUAUGCUGGUAAAGAUUCCCAUGGAUGAGUCACAAUCCAGUGCACGGGGCUCUCAACCAUUCAAAUCAAUGACUCUUCAAGGGCGAGCCACAGAUCUAGGAUCUGAUCUCUCUACAGGGCUCCUGACAUUCGCACAGUACAUGCCUAGGGAUACCAUGGACACCAAGGCCCAGCCCCUCCAAGCUAGCACUGAAGAAGACGGCCCAGCAAGUGACGAGGCAGGGAGCGACGGUUUCAGUGUUGCCAGUUUCCUGGCCAAUGAAAAGCUCAUGUCCGUGGACAGCAUCAACAGUGACCUCACAGACGAUGAGGUGGAUCUGAACAACCUGCCUGACGAUGAGCUGGAGCUCUACUUCAAGACACUCGUCCCGCCGGCCAUGCAGAGAGGCCAAGUGGAAGGCCAAGAGAUCCCUGCUACGGGGCUGUCAGGAUUGCCUAAUAGGACCUCAAACACAAAUUCUAUAGAGCAGGAAAAGAAUCGGGAGCAGUUCCUGGAUGAUUACGAUCAGGAUGACUUCCAGAUGCCUGAUGUGCGGCUUGCCGCUACAGGUAUGGACUCAUGCCCAGCAAGCGAUGAAGACACUGAGGACGAGCUGGAGGCGGCCAGGGCACACUCCUUCAGGACCAACACCUCCAGAAACAACACCUCCAGGACCCAGCUGCUGCUGCCCAGCACUUCAAGACAGCUGGUGGGUGAGAGCAAUCGUCCUAGUUUCCGUCCGGGGCUGGAGGGGGGCAGUUCAGACGACGAGGCGUCCAGCGGCCGGGGCGGACCCCCUGCCUCAGGGAUCGAACACAGACGUUCUGCUGAGGGACAGGUCAUCAACCCUCCUGUCACAGGCGACGGCGGCGGCGGAGACGGGAGCAGCGGCAGCGACGAGAGCGGCAACGACGGAGGAGGGUCCGCGGCCCCUCUCCCGGCGACCACCUACGACGUCCUGCGGGGGCUGGGGAUCGUGGGGAGCAGCGGGGAGGACGGAGCGCUGGGUCUUUCCCAGCUGCCCGGGUUCGGAAGGAACGGCUUCUCCAGGCCCACGGAGAUGGGGGACCGCGUGGGCCCGGUGGGAACAGGCGAGGCCAGCUCCCCACCCGAGGCCCCGGCCAGCGCUGCCAGGAUUUCCCCAGUCAACUGGAGCAUGAGCAUGAGCGUGGACCGACAGGAGGCACUGGACGCUAUGGACAGCACGCAGUCUGGGCCCACUGCAGAGACUGCGCUGGACUCCCUGUACCUGAGGACUGGCUCUGGGCACUGGAGACCUAACGACUCUGCAGUCACUCCGCUCCAGGGUAGCCAGAGCAGCUUUCGCCUCUCGCAGGUGCUCCCAGACUGGGGAGCUGGAGGAUGUGAUGAUGCUGAGGAUGAAGAUCAGGAUGGCGUUGACGUCGCCGAUGGAGGCAGGCUCUCCCUGGGCUUCCGAGGAGGACCCUGCGGCGGUGGCACCGCGGCCGGGCCUGCUGAGAGCACCAGCGAGGAGGAGAACCACGACGGCCCCUCCAGCUCCCUGGAGGCCAAGUACUUCUCCAAGAGCUUCCAGCACGAGCAGGAGGAGUCGGACGACGACUGGAACCACUGCCCUGGCGACCUGGAGGCGGAGUUCAAACAAGGGGACAACGCCCCGGACAGUGUGGUGUACCAGAAUGAGGAGGGCAAGUGGGUGACGGACUUGGCUUACUACUCCUCGUUUCAGAAGGAAGUAGAUGGGAACGCACCAGAGAACGCUGGGCAGCUUCAGACAGAAGAAUUUGUUCCAGCGAGCACUGCUAUUGAUAAGAUCAUUGAGGACCAACAGGAGUUUGAGAAGGAGCACCAAUUUAUGCAGGAGGAGCAGAUCGAGGCGGCCGGCGAGAGUCUCACCCUGGGCGACACCUCCUGGAAGAUCCCCACCAGCAGCGACGUCCUGAUGAGGGCCUCCCAGGCCUCCUCCGAGUUUGAGCGUGGGAACCACUCCUACCUGCGCCUCUCCCUGGGCCAGUUCUUCGGACAGCGCUCGGAGGCCCUGGGCUGUCUGGGCGGUGCCGACGAUGAUCUGGACGGAGUAAAGAGGCCCUCUUUUGGCUACAUCAUCACCUCCCCAGAGAAGAGGGACCCCUUCGCUCUGAUCCGCCCUUCAGAUGUCUCCUCCAGAGACUCCUCCGUCCACAGUAACACCAUUGAGCUGAUCCAACAGGACCAAACGCUCAACGCAGAGGACCUGGACAAAACUCUUGAGGCCCAAUGUGACAGGAUGUCACCUAAAGGAGAUCCCGAUCCACAACUCUGUGAAGAGGCCGCGUCCUCACCCGCCUCGCUCCCGGGGGACCCCCACUCCGCACCGGGGUCCGUGGACCAGAGCUUCGUCUCCCCCGCCAACACCAGCGCUGAGCUCAUGCUGAGCAUCAGCACCAUCACCUCGGCCAUCGCCGACGCCUCCAUCAGCGCCGACCCGUCCCAGCUGGCCGCCAUGAUCAUGGAGCUGUCCCGGCGGAGCAAGGCCAAGGGUCGCCACGGCAACACGGGGAUUGGAGGGUCAUCGGUCGCGGAGAGCACUUCACCGCUGCAACACGUGGAUCACAGCGUUCUCCUGGAGGCGCUGCAGAAGAGCACCUGCGCCGGGGAGCUGAGCGCCUUCGACAUGGAGAGGUACCUGCGGAAGGCAGACGCGUCUAGCAUCAGCACCACCAGCGACUCCUCCCUGGCGCACACGACCUUUGACCUGAGCGCCUGGGCCAACAACCUAGCCGCCUCCCAGGACGGCCUGGCUCGCGGCGAAGGGUGGGCGUCGGCGCGGAGCGGAGCGUCGAGUGGAAACAACGAGGACCGGCACCCCAGGGGCCGGUCGGACUCCCAUCCCGGUGACGAGGACCAUUCCCCCAGGGGCCGGUCCGACUCCCUCCCCGGUACACAGCAGCCGAGGAGGAGCGGCAUCCCUCGCCCCAAAGCCCCCUCUCUCCCGACGCCAGCCAGGCGCUCCGGGACCGCGGGAGAGCCUCCCACAGCCAAAUCCUCCGCGGACAGCAGGGCCCCCUGUGGCACCGCCGCGGACGGAGGCAGGCCUCCCCCACACGCCAGUGCCGCCCCGCCGAGUGCCACAGCAGAAUAUAGAGCUGCUCCCGGGAAGGUGGGUCCCCGAGCUCACACCCCUCCCCGGGCCUCCUCACAGGCCCCACAGAAGAACCAGACGGACCCCGGGGUCCAGCCGGGCCCUCCGGGGACGUCCCCCGUGCUGGGGAAGGGACGCUCGGGCCUGCCCUGCCUCAGAGGCUCCUCUCCCCUGCGGGAACAAGGCCAGCCUCGGGGUCAGCCUGUGACCUCCAGCAGCGGCCCAGAGAAAGGUUCCCAGCCUCCCCAACAGGAGGCGCAGAGAGCUGAGGUCCCCUGCCGAAGCCCCCGGCCUCCUGCACCACACGCCUUCAUGACGCAGAGCUCGUCUGAGCCCUCUGCUGGAGAGGAGAGCACGUGUCACUUCAGACCGUCCACAUGCCCCCUCAUCCACUCUUCUCCCAGCCAGACAUCCUUCCCGGGCGACUGCACGAUGUCCUCUCCCCCUACCAGCAGGACGGCGGCAGACAGAAGGCCAGACUGUGAACGCUCCCCCCAGUCCACCUGCUCCAGCCCCAGUCUCUGCAGGCUCACCUACAUCUCCAUCAACGACAGCACCGUGGUGCCCGCCCCAGACAGGAAACCGAACGACCAAACCAUUGCACUGAGCACCACCAUCGUCAGGGCCAGUCCCACACCGCCCCUGGAGCCAGACUCGCGGUCCCACCUGGACGACCCUCGCCAGUCCAAGAGCCUGGACUCACAGCUGCCCUCGCACCAGUCCAAGAGCCUGGACCCUCUGCCCCCUCCCUCAAGCCGUCCCUGCAGGAGCCCCGAACGCAGCGGCUCUGCCCUCAGCUGCACCCGCAGCCAGAGCGAAUGCCACUUCCACAGCAGAGACCCCGCCCAGCACCACCCCCCGGUGGGUUGUGGCCUCCACACAAACUACUUUAAACCCACCGGGCCGCCGCUCACCAAGGUGGACUCGGGCUACGCCAGUAACCUCAACAUCCUCCUGCCCGGCCAGGGAUCCCAGCAGUGGGGGGCCAUCGACCCGGCCUCCGCCCAGGCCUGCCCCGGCGGAGGGCCGGGCCUGCCUCCCGCCUACUCCGCAGAGGAGCUGCGGUACGCGCCCCCGUUCUCUGGCUUCAUGCCCCCGGGGCCGGGCCUGGCGGGCCAGACCCAACACCCGGGGAUGCAGCCCCUCUUCGCCGCCGGACGGUCUCUCUUCAGCUCUCAGCUGGCCCAGCAGUACCCGGGUGCCGAAGGCACGCGGCACCCAGUGGCCUACCACAUAGGCCCCUACGGCCUGGCGCCGGGCGGUGACCCGUCGUCCAGACACCUCCAGGACGCUUCGGGGCCCGCGGGCUACCACCAGCUCCACAGGCCCCAGAACAGCCGGGCGGAGCUGGGCAUGAUGGGAAAGGCGUUCGGCCAGCACAGCGUGGAGCCGUGGGCGGCCGCGGGCCUGGACGAGCUCAGAGGCCAAGUGGUGGUGCCAGGGGAGCUGCGCUUCCCCCACGCCUGCUGUGUGGGCAUCGCCUCCCAGGCCUCCCUCAGCCUCUUCAACCCCUCCGAGAGGUGGCAGCAGGUCUCCAUCACCGUCAGCAGUCUGGCCCUCGAUGGAGCCAAGGUGGACAGCUUGCCUUACCAGUGGCUCCUGGUCAAGAACAAGACCAUCAUGGGGCCGAAGAGCACAGAGGAGCAGAAGGUCCUGCUGGUCCCUCCCCAGGCCGGCGUCUACCAGUGCGUGCUCAGCGUGUCCUCCUGGCCCGCCUCGGCAGAGCCGGACCUCGGCGUCAGGGCCGACGUCUUCGCCAAGAGGGUGUUGCUGGUGGCUGUGGCCGAGGACCCCAUGCUAGAGAUUGAAGCUGGAAAGUCGGGCAGCUUGGAUUUUGGAGACCUAUCGGAGGGGCUUUCCAAAUCCCUCCCUCUCAAAGUGCUGAACAGAACUCACGCCACGGUCCCCAUCCGCCUGGUGAUCAGUGCAAAUGCCAGUGCCUGGCGCUGUUUCACUUUCUCCAAGAACCCCGUUGCCGUGACAGCUGAAGAGUCGCUGCAGGCGGGUCACAUGACCCAGUUGUCCUCCCCGUCAGUGAUGAACCAUGUGAUGCAUGCCAGCUAUGGAGAGAAUCCAGAGAGCUUCAUGAUCUGGGUUCACUUCCGAGCCCCUCAGAAGUACCCCAGCUCAGGAGAGCUCGGCCCGGCGGAGGAGUUCAUGGCCCGAAUCGACAUAGAAGUAGACUCCCCUGGUCCCAGUCACGUGAUCCGGAGUGUUCCCCUCCAGGCCCGGGUCGGGACGGCCAGGGUCCAUGCUCCGAAAGACCUGCAGACCAUCAGCCUCUCCGCUCCGCUGGGCCAAGCCCGCCAACAGGAUCUUCCAUUGAAGAACGCCGGCAACAUCGAGGUGAAGUUGAAGCUCAAGUGCAAGGAUGCAGAGGACUGCUUCUCUGUCAGGCCUGAUGAGCUCUACCUCGCGGUGGGAGAGGAGAAGACUGUGGAGGUCUCAUUCAAUGCACAGGGAAGCAAGAAGUGCAGAGAAAGCCUCCUGACCAUCCUGGUGUUGCCGACGGGCCCCCAGUACGAGGUGGCCCUCAGGGGAGAGGUGGCUGCAGAGAUCCAUGGGAAGCCCGCCGCCUCGGCCCCGGGGCCCGCCGCGGACGUCCCGCCCAUCCUCUCCAACAAGCAGUUUGUGGCCUGGGGAGGCGUCACUCUGGGACGGGCCGUGCAACAGAAGCUGGUGCUCCGGAACAACUCGGCCGACGGCACCCAGCAGCUCCGCCUGCUGAUCCGCGGGCAAGACCAGGACUGCUUCCAGCUGCAGAGCAUGUUCAGCCCAGAGGAGCGUCUGACCAGACACGGUGAGCUGUCCAUCAGGCCCAGGGAGGACGUGGCGGUCCACCUGCUCUUCGCCCCCACCCGUGUGGCCUGCAUGCUGGCCAAGCUGGAGAUCAAGCAGUCUGGAUUGAGGCCCUCCCAGCCGGGGGUCAAGUUCACAAUCCCUCUCUCCGGCUACGGCGGCACCAGCAACAUCAUCCUGGAGGACCAGCGGAAGGAGGCGGACGGCUACGUCGCCACGCUGGCGGGCGUGGCCGUGGGCCGCGUCAGCAAGGUGUGUCUGUGCGUGCGCAACACGGGCUCCCGAGCUGCCUUCAUCAAGGCGACGGCGUUCUCGGACCUGCAGUCGCGCUCGCUCAUGGAGCCGUCGGUCAUCAGCCUCUCGCCGUCACAGUUUGUGCUGAAGGAGCGCACGCAAGAGGUGAUCACGGUGCUGCUGAAGGCCACCCAGAGAGAGACCUCCCUAUGUCACUCUGCACAAGCCCUGCUGGCCACCGUCUGCCUUUUCUGUGGAGACGAAGUCUCCAGGCAGCAGUACCGAAGGUUGCUCCAGAGCAGACCAGAGGCGGGCAGAAAGGUUCUCUCAGACAACAGCCUGCUGAAGAACAUCGACUUUAAUGAGACGUUCCUGGGAGAGGAACUGAUAACCGAAACCUUUGACCUGCCCCAGAGGCCCAACGAGGGCCACGUCUUCUACGGGAACAUGAGCAAGGUGGUGCUGUCCCUGCUGGGGACCACAAGCCGCCCGGAGCCCGGCGAUGUGGAGCGGGCCGAGCCGGUCCAGCACUCCGCUGGACACGGCGCCGAGUCUCACAGUGCGUUUGCGAAUGGCAACAUUACCCUGGACGUGCUUCCUGUGAAAGGUCCCCAGGGCCCACCUCUGAGAGCAGCCGAGCCGAUGCUGAAGGAUAAGGCGAGGGCGGAUGAAGAGAAGACAGGAGAGCAGGGGACCUGGUCCGUCCACCCGGACCAGCUGGUGCUCACGGCCCCCACCAUGAACGGUACGGCCACCACGCGGCACGUUCACAUCCGGAACAACUCGGGCCGGGGGCUGAGCUUUGAGCUGUCCUGGCCUGCCCACUGCCUCACCAUCACACCGCAGCACGGACUCAUAGAGCCACAGUCCCACCUGCAGAUUCUGAUCAGCCCCAACCCAUCCCUGGCCUCCAAGACCUCCAUGCUGCCGUGGAGUGGACAGAUCUACAUCCAGUGUGACGGUACCCAGAAGUUCAUCAAGGUGCAGAUCCGCCGGGACCUGGCCCUAGACGUGUCCCCGGCCCCAGCAGAGAGGAGCCUGUCUGCCCUGGCUCCCCAGGCGGCCACCCCCCUGCCGUCCCUGGUACGGCCCCACAGCCAGGCCUCCCAGCCGUCGGACCUCCAGCAGAGCCCCCAGGCCCUGUUGGAGCUGGGCAGCAAGACGGUGGUCUUCCCCGCCACCCCCUCAGGGGAGAGCUCAGAAUCCGUCCUGGAAGUGGAUAACGGGGAAGAGGAAGUGAGGUGGUACCUGUCCUCCUUCGCGCCUCCAUACGUCAAGGGAGUGGACAACAGUGGGGAUGUGUACCGGGCUACCUACACAGCCUUCAGAUGCUCUAGGGUGUCUGGUACCCUGGGAGCCCGGCAGAAGAUGCAGGUGCCCAUCACAUUCUUGCCCCGGGACCGAGGGGACUACGCCCAGUUCUGGGACCUGGAGUGCCACCCUUUGUUGGACCCCCAGCAGAAGACCCGGUUCCGCUUCCAGCUCUGUGGGACGGGAGUAAAGUCUGGGCCUGUCGAAGCGCCCCAGGAAGGAGACUGUUCUCUGGUGAAGACGGAGUCCUCCAUCAAGACCAGGAAGAGGACGGAGGCUGCUCCGGUCAAGACCGUGCCCGAGGAGGCGGUCCGGAAGGGGGUGUACUCCCCCCAGGACCUGUACACGUUCCCGGCCACACGGCUGGGGCAGUCCAGUACCCUGAAGGUCAACAUCCGGAACAACUCCUCUGACACGCAUGAGCUGAACUUUGUAAACCCUAGGGAGCCCUUCCAUAUCAAGCACUCCAAAUAUUCUCUGAGAUCCCAGCACUAUCUGAGACUGCCCGUCCAGUUCAAGCCGAGCGCAGCGGGUCCUCAUGCUGGACUGCUGCUCGUCCAAUCAGAAACAAGUGGAGGUUUAGUCAUCCAGCUCACCGGUGAGGGCCUGCCUUAAAAACAAUCCAGCCCACCAGCUUCCUCCACCCGCUGGCUGGCAGUCCU